AUGUUAACAAUGAGGAACAGCACCAUGGUCAGUGGAUUCAUACUUUGGGGUUUAACAGAUAACCGACAAGUUGAAAUAUUGCUUUUUAGCCUCCUGCUGGGCAUGUAUCUUUUGACAAUAAUAUGGAAUAUAGUGAUUAUUACAGUUACACUCGUGAAUCACUGUCUGAACACCCCAAUGUACUUCUUUCUGCGACACUUUGCAGUCUUGGAGAUAGGGCUCACCAGCACCGUCCUCCCCAAAACUUUGGCCAACCUGGUCAAUGGCCAACAAACUAUCUCUCUACCCGGUUGUUUCAUGCAGAUGUAUCUAUACCUGGUUGUGGGAACCACAGAGUUUGCUCUGCUGGCGGUGAUGUCCAUUGACAGAUAUGUGGCUAUCUGCAACCCUCUUCACUACUCAACCAUAAUGAAUGGCCGAACCUGCUCAUUGAUGGUGCUCUGCUCUUGGGCUGGGGGAUUUUUGCUUAUCAUGGCUCCAGCAAUUACAUUAUUUCAAAUGCCCUUUUGUGGUCCAAAUGCCAUGGACCAUUUUUUCUGUGACAUUGGGCCUCUGAUUAAACUGGCAUGCACAGAUACAAGUCUUCUGGAACUCUUGGUUCUCCUCACCGCUGCUCUUUCUCUUCUUGGGACCUUGACUAUAAACAUUGCAUCCUAUAUCAAUAUUAUUUCCACCAUCAUACACAUCCCAUCUACAAUAGGGAGGAAAAAGUCUUUCUCUACUUGUGCUUCUCACAUCAUAGUGAUCUCCAUCACUUACGGUAGUUGCAUUUUCAUGUACAUAAAACCAAAAGGCACCAGUGAAUUAGACUUCAGUAAAGGGGUGGCCCUUCUGAACACUGUCGUGUCUCCUCUCCUGGAUCCAUUCAUUUACUGUCUGAGGAACAGACAGGUCCAGGAUGCCCUGAGAGCUGGAUUUAGACAGUGUAUCACAUUUCACGAGAACCCAGUAUGA